CUAAUUAAUUCUUAAUUUGCUUCAUCUCAUCAAUCAUCAUAGCAACAAGAAAAAAAAAAUGGUCAAGUUUACUCAAUUUUGGUCUAAAACCUUCAAAGCCACUUUUUGCAUUUUGCUAUUAGCCCUCUCAUUUGACUAUGCUAAUUCAGCAAGAAUUCUUGACGAAGUGAGUUCAGAUGAACCCGUUGUGGCUCCCGUGGUGGUUGCCCCAGUAUCCUCAUUGCCAAGUGGCCACUUUCCAGCCACAGUCACCACUCCUGAUUCGAACGUAGCACCUAUAGAUGAUGAUUCUCCUGAGCCAGCCCCUACUGUUCCAAUCGCUCCUUCAGCUGAUUUACCAGCUGAACCUGAGCCUGAUGUAGCUCCUGCUGCUCCAGUGGCAACAAACACUGGAGCAGCAGCCCCUGCUGCUCCAGUAGCAACAGACACUGGAGCAGCAGCACCUAUAGCCCCUGCUGCUCCAGUGGCAGCAGACACUGGAGCAACAGCACCUGUUACCAAUGUGGCACCAGGAGCUACAACAGCAUCUGGUGCCACAGUGGCUUUGGACCACUCUAAAUUUUCAUUCUUCAUGCAUGACAUCCUUGGUGGUACACACCCUUCGGGGAGAGUAGUCACAGGGAUCGUAGCUAGCACUGACGUUAACAACUUACCUUUCACCAAGGCUAACAACAACGUCUUCCCAUUAGACGGUGGAGUUCCCCUCAACAACAUCAACGACAUUGUCAACAACAACAACUACCCUUUCCUAGCAGGCCUAAACGGACAACAACAGCCCAACACGGUCCUACAAAACACAGGCAACAACGACAUUGUCAAUACCGGUGAUAACCAACCAUUUGUCACAGCAGGGCAACUUCCUAGUGGUAUUACCCUUCAACAACUCAUGUUUGGGUCCAUAACUGUUGUGGACAACGAAAUAUCAGAAGGACAUGAAUUGGGAUCAUCAAUUCUUGGUAGAGCACAGGGGUUUUACCUAACAAGCUCGUCCGAUGGGACGAGCCAUACACUAGCAUUAACAACUCUGUUCCAUGGUGAACAUGGACAUGAAGUUGAUGACACUAUUAGCUUUUUUGGAAUCCAUAGGACCGCGACGCCAAUUUCACACAUUGCAAUCAUUGGAGGUACUGGAAAAUAUGAAAAUGCAAAAGGAUAUGCAACAAUUGAGACUAUGCCUCAUGCUGAUCAACAUACAACUGAUGGUCUUGAAACAAUUACGCACUUCACUGUGUACAUUACCCCUUAAAAACUAAGUGUUUUUCAUUUAAUUUUCACUAUGUUUGGUUUUCUGUUUUUGUGAUUCUUCAAUUGAUGUACUUUAUUGUAAUGGCAUGGUUAAACAUUCUGAUUAAUGUUAUUAUAUAUGAGUGAUAUUUUCUUCUUUCAGAAAUUAAACUCUCGAGAAGCGAAAUAUAAUGAAUAUUUUGAAA